GUGCAAGAUGUCUAGCGUUAAAGUAGCUGUCAGAGUGAGGCCCUUUAACAAAAGGGAAGUAGAUCUUGGCUGCAAGUGUUGUGUAGAGAUGUCAGGAAAGAAGACUUCUAUAUAUAAUCCUCAGACAGGCCAGAGAAAAGACUUCUUCUUUGAUUACUCUUAUUGGUCCCAUGAUGCAUUCAUGAUCGAUCCUUCAACUGGAAUGUUCGAAAAGGACUCCCCAGGAAGUAAUUAUGCUUCGCAGAGCAUGGUAUUUGAUGACCUUGGUAAAGAGGUGUUGGAUAAUGCAUUCGAGGGUUAUCAUACAUGUUUGUUUGCUUAUGGACAGACCGGGAGUGGAAAGAGUUACUCUAUAUUCGGAUAUGAGAAAAAUAUUGGAAUCAUUCCUCUCGCUUGUGCUGAAAUAUUCAAGAGAAUGGAAAUCUCUCAGGCUGAAGAUCCAGACGCAAUUCAGUAUACAGUGACAGUUUCAAUGCUUGAAAUUUAUAACGAAUGUGUACAAGAUCUCUUUGUGAAGCCAAAGAAAAGACCAAAAGGAGGAUUGAAAAUUCGUGAAACGAAAAAGGAUGGAAUGUAUGUUCAGGAUCUCACCAAGAUUCCUGUCGUUUCAUACUUUGAUAUUGAUGAACAAAUUAAGUUUGGUACAACCAAUAGAACCAUUGCACAUACAGAUAUGAACUCCACAUCAUCAAGAGCUCAUACUGUUACAACUAUUACCUUUCAACAGACGUUCUUCGAGGGAGGAAAGCCAACAAAUAAGACUUCUUCAAACAUUAAUCUUGUUGAUUUAGCAGGAAGUGAGAGGCAAAAAGACACUCAUGCAGAAGCAGCAAGAUUAAAAGAAGGUUCAAACAUUAACAAAUCUCUAAGUUUCCUUGGUAAGGUUAUCAGUAUCCUUGCCGAUAAGGCAGCUGGAAAGAAAUCUGCUAAGAAUGCUGUAGUACCUUACAGAGAAUCGAAACUGACAAUGAUUCUUAAGAAUGCUUUGGGAGGUAACUCCAAAACUGCAAUGAUUGCUGCCAUCUCUCCUGCAGAUGAUAACUAUGAAGAGUCUCUCUCAACCUUAAUCUAUGCUAAUCAAGUAAAGUCAAUCAAGAAUCAGGCUAAAAAGAAUGAAUCUGCUCAGGAUAAGCUUAUCAGAGAACUUAAAGAAGAAAAUGAAAAACUUAAACUGAUGAUGGACAAAAAGAAAGCGAUGAGAAAAGAGGUAAAGCAAGAGAGUAAAGAGAAUGAAGAAGUCAUGAGUAAAAUUAGAAUCAUGAACGUCAGUGAUGAUCCUAUGCUAACUGGGCAGAUCCACCAUGCUUUUAAAGAUGGUGUUAACACCAUCGGAAAAGCUAAAAAGGGCAAAAAGCCAGAUAUUGUCAUCAACGGAUUAGGAAUGGUGAACGAACACAAUAAGACUUCUUUCAAUGAACAUUCGAAAGAACUUAUAAUUCACCCGAAUGCUGAGAGUUACAAGAAGAACAAGACCUACUUGAAUGGAGAAUUACUGACAGAAGAUACUCCUUUAAGACAUGGAGAUCAGAUAGUCUUUGGAAAUAACACCUUAUACGUGGUCCUUUUCCCUGGAGAGCCCACAGAGCCACAAAUGUUCGAUUAUGAAGCAGUCAUGAACAAGAUUCUUAAGAAACAAAUGGAGGACCUUCGUGAUAAUGAUCACGAAAAAGAAAUGAAAGACAAACUUAACAAGAUGAAGGAAAACCUUGAUGAGAAAAAGAAGGAAACUGAGAAAGACCUCAAACGUAAACAAAAAGAAAUGGAAGACGCAAGGAAGAAACUUGAAGAUGACCUCAAGCGACGAGAUGAAGAGCUUAAGAACAAAAUGAAGGAAGCAGGAGAAGAUGAGCGUAAACUUAAAGAUCUUAACGAAAGACUGAAGAAAGAAAAGGAAGAUGCUGAGAGACUUAGAAAAGAGCAAGAAGGAAAAGAAAAAUUGCUUGAAGAGGAAAAGCAGAGAGCAAUGAGAGCAUUUGAAGAAGCUCAGAAACAAAGGAUGCAGCAAGAAAUAGAUAUCAAUCUUCGAGCAAGGCUAGAAGCUCAACUGACUUCAAUGAUACAGAUGUGUAAUGAUGCAAAUGAGUACUGUAGAGCGCUUGGAAGAUAUCAGUACUUCUAUCAAGCAGCAACAGAGAUUGAUAUACUUCCUGAUGGGACCAAAGUUCCAAAGGUUGUCUGUAAAGCGUACCCAGAUAGGAAAAAGGAUUUCCAUUUGACUUUAGAAUUCGGAGAAUUUCAGGAUAAACUAGAUUUAAUGAAUGAGAAAUACGAUCAAUAUAUGUCCUCUGUCUAUAAUGAAGAUAAUUUCUCUCCAGAGCUAGAGAUUGGAGAAGAUGAAGGAUUUGUCUUUGGGAUGGUCAUUAAAGAUGAAUGGCAUUUGAUAGGUAACUGAUAUAUCUUCCUAUACGGAUUAGCAAUGAUGCUUGAAAUUAGAAAAGAUCUUAUCCCCAUUAGAGACACCAAGGGAGAAGAGAAAGGAAAUUUGUGCUACUCCAUAGAGCCCAUGGUCUUUGAUGAAAAUGGAGAGAAGGUAGGAAUGAUCAAUAACAUUGAAGAAAUGCUUGGAAGGCUUAUAACCAUCGAAGUCAUUAUUCAUUACGCAAAAGGAAUUCCAGAAAAAUGGUCAAGUAAUGUUUUCACAGAGUACAAAUGGAUUGACGAGAAAGGAAAAUUGUUUAAGACCAAGUACUCUGAAGAUACCAAAAACAAAAAUCCUAAAUGGGAAUACCGUCAUUUGCACAAUAUUUAUGUGAGUCAGGAGUUUAUUGAUCAUAUCAAGGAGUCUCCACUAUUGAUGAGAGUUUACGGAAAGCUCUCACCAGAAGAUAUUGAGAACUUAUACGAAGAAUUUGCUCAAGAUCCAGCCAAGAAUGCUCUUUUAGCGAACAAAAUGGACGAUUCAGAUGAAGAAGAGAAGAUAGAUACCUCCGAUCCUAACCUUUCUCUCUCAAAGAAAAUGGUGAGUGAGUCUAAAGAGAUCAAAGAAAUGAAGAAGAGGCUUGAGGAUUACAAAAAAGAGCAAAAUAAACUUGAGAAAAAGAAGGUUGACAUCCAGAUGGGAAAAGGAGGAAAUGGAUGAUGAUGCUGUAACAUUUUCUAAAAAUUAUGAAUUUAAACAUUCUCAUGUCUCA